AUGAGCUCUGAAAACCACUCCAAAGAUCACAUUGUCUUACAUAACACGGGGAUUCUUGCGUCACUGGGUCCUGUGGUGAUGCACAACUCCCACAAAAAGUCGGUCUAUGGCUUUCAAGACCCUUCUGCUUAUCAGGACUGUGAAAAGUGUCCAGCAAUCAAAGAAUGUGAAAUUGUAGUAUGUUCCAGUGAAGAGAGAUCGGGCAAGCUUCUUCCAAUCACCUCGGAGAGCUGUGAGCUCUCCUGCAGCCAAGUGGACAUUAGUUGUCGUCGUUUUCCAAACGGACGUCUGGAUUGGUAUCCUUUCAAUCCAUGUGCAGUCACUACGACCACAUCCACAACCACUACUACCACCUCCACGACCACAACAGCAGCUGCCCCGAUUGACUAUGCGCCUCCGUCUUUCGACUAUCAGAAUGCCCUUGAAACAACAGUCCAAAUUCCUCUCUUUUUUCCUUCCGGAUCGACUUCUGGGGAUAUGCUUCAUGACAUUGAACCCGUUUUCGCACCAGCUGAAUCAACAGCUCAACAAAAGAAGCAAAGUUAUGGCCUCAGUUGGUUAGUUUCAGAGCCCGAAUUAGAGCUUAUUUUGUGGGUUAUGUUUGGAGUAGCUCUGAUACUCAUACUUAUUGGCUUCAUUGGACUUGGUGGUUUCGUGUGCUAUCGGCGGUGGAUUAAGAAACAAAUAAAAAUCACCACGUGUCCACGCUAUUACGACGCCAGUAGACAACGAGCCUACGGCAUAGUGGCGUACGAUGCUGGCACCUAUGGUCCCGGUCUAGAGUACGAGAAACUUCGAGGCAGCAACGGUACCUGUUAUUGGGCUCAAAGGACUGAAUCCAGAGAGCCCGGAACAAUUAGACGUAUUCCUUCUCCGCAGAUCUCCAUCUGUUCUCCCUUUUGUUCCACAAAUCGUCAUGGAACAGCCAGAGUGGACCACAACUACGUCCAUCACAUGUCUAUCCCAAGCACAAGCUAUCGACUCACAGACAGUGUGGCACCAAUUAAUUCGGCCUACCACCUAGUAACAUUUGCACCUACUUUGGACACAAUGGAGGGUUCAGUGACGGGCAAGCCAACGACUUGCAUGCAAGAUAUUUCAUGUAUCCACGGGUUGGAUACUGGGGCACUGAGCUUGGACGGGCAUCAGCGAACAGUGCUAACUGUGACACCAGAUCGGCAUAUAACCGGAGGGGCCCCUUCCAUGAGCACAACCUCCCCUAUUCCCAUGGGAAAUGAUACUUUUCUUAUGAGCACUUAUCAUAGAACCAACAGUUUUCGGAAUGAGGUGGGAAGUGAUGCUGAACCCCAAGGCGAAAUCAUUCAGCAGCAACAAACAAAGGUCUAA